UUAAGUUUAAUUUUUGAAUAUGAAGUGGCUCGAUUGGCAAAAUAGCAGCACCUUUUUCAUUAUAACUUGUUUCCAGUGGAAGGUACACUUUUUCACCCUUUUUCUCAUCUUCUUCUAAAGCGCCAUUCUCCUUUUGAAUUUGAAGGUGCAAAGGAGUUACAGAGAAUAUUACAUUACAAUGACGACCAUAGCUGCUGCUGUAACUGCAACUCCAACUACAAACGGAAACGGAAAUGAUUCUCACAAGAAAAACAGAAUUCAGGUUUCCAAUACUAAGAAACCUCUUUUCUUUUACGUCAAUCUCGCCAAGAGAUACAUUCAACAGCACAAUGAGGUUGAGCUUUCUGCUCUUGGAAUGGCUAUAGCUACAGUUGUCACGAUCGCUGAGAUUUUGAAGAACAAUGGAUUUGCAACUGAGAAAAAAGUACUGACAUCUACAGUUGGCAUGAAGGACGAAAACAAAGGUCGACUUGUACAGAAGGCAAAGAUUGAAAUUGUGCUGGGUAAGUCUGAGAAGUUUGACAAUUUGAUGGCUCCUCCUGCCACUAAAACUGAAUCAGAAGCAACUACUGAUGACAAUAAAUGACAAACUUCAUAUACCACCAAUGUGGGAUUAUUGUAGUUAAUAGUAUUCUGUUUCAUUUUUGUUGUAAUGUUUGCAUUCAUGGACGAAAGUAAAUAGGGGAGUAGAAAAGGGUCGUGGGGUUACAAUGAUAAGGCAGCAAAAGCAAUGAGUGAAUCGAAGUUGUAGGACACAUAAUUAUUCUAUUAUAACUUUAGAUUGUAUUUCUUUACUGAAACAUAUACAAUGAGAAUCACAUGACUGAUGAAUCAUAAGCUCGCCAAUUAUGUCUU